UUCCAGCCUGAUUUGGUGCUGGUAUCUGCGGGGUUUGAUGCAGCGCGUGGAGACCCCCUGGGGGGCUGCGAGGUGACCCCGGAAUGUUAUGCCCACAUGACCCACAUGAUCAUGUGCCUGGCAGGGGGCAGGGUCGUCUUCGCUCUCGAGGGUGGCUACAAUCUGACAGCGAUCUCCGAAUCGAUGGCCAUGUGCACACGGACCUUGCUGGGAGAUACCCCGCCUUACCUCGAACCCAUGGGCCAGCCAGCUAGCAGUGCAACUGAAACAAUUAACAACGUCAUCUCAGUCCAUCACAAGUACUGGGCCAGCCUUCGACUGCUGUCUCCCGAGCUCGAGCUACAGAGCAAGGCCAAAGGGACGACAUGGUCACAGCAGCCCCCUCCCACGGCCAUUCCGUCACAAGAGUCGCGCGUCCAAGUCUCUCAAAGCAGGAGGACGUCGAUGUGGUUACAACAGCAGGGGGAAUGCAGGGGAACGCUGGCCAGGCCCCGACGCUCACGCCUCCCCGGUCGUGCGAUGGAGGGGCUCCUAAGCGUUGACCGCACCUCUGCCGGUUUGGAGUUACGUGAUAUUCCAGCAAUGGAUGACGUGUCACUAUUAGACGUAGAAUAUUAG